AUGACUGAGACAGUGCGAAAGCCGACGUCGCGUCUAAUGCGCAUGACAGACGAAGACAGGCCGUUUACUAGAGUAUUUUUCUUGUCUCUCUUCUUCAUACCAGGGGACAAUUAUCUGACCAAUUCCAUCCAGGAUUUCAAAGACCUAUUCUCGACUCUCAUGGUCAGUCUUGAUCUCGGCGCGCACCGAGUGCGAUUCUUCAAAGUCGACUUUACCUUCACCGUAGAAGAAGCUAUUAUCAAUCUAAGCUCGCUGCGAUUUACUCAAUCAGCCCGCAUGCCUGACCCCAAGGACCCCAAUCGCAUCAUCACCACAACAUCAACGACAACCUUCACCAUGGCCAAGGAAAUGGCACGUUCCAUAUUCCAGAGCUUUAUCGAAGCCCGAUUCUUGGAACCCUUGAAUAGCAAUCCUUUCAGUGUCAGCAAAAGCACCGUUUGUCAAAUGACACCGAAGGGCAUCGCGGUGCUGCAUCGAUUCUGCAACCGCAACGGUGUCACAGCCGUGCAUGUGACUAGGCUGUUGCAAUCACCGCGCAACAAGAUGACUCUUCUUAUUCUCGAGCGGGAUCUAGAGACAGACAAGCUGCUGACUGACCGGGCAACAAUUGAGGUUAUCUUUCGUCGUUUCGCAGGCACGCAGGCGUGCCGCCAAGGCGAUGAAAUGCCAAACUGGGAAGACCGCACUGAUUGCCCGAACGGGCUCGUGGGCGUUGAGGGAGUGCAAGAAACACGAGUCAAUGGCAGGAAGUACCAGUAUGCCUUCACGGGCAAGUCGGCCGUCAAUUGGCUCAUGGAUUGCUGCACUACUAUCGACGAACGCGAGACAUACCGACUCUGCACGCAGUUCAUUGAACAUGGACUAAUCACCAAUAUUGUCGAAGACAAGUCCUACGCUGCUGAAACUGGCCAGCCCAUUCAAAGUUUCCAGCCUACGCGUCAGGCCGUAUAUGCUCUCACACCGCGCGCAAUGAGAGUAUGCGGCUGGGUGGCAUCUGACCAAGUAUCAGACGACAGCAGCAAGAGCAAAAACAGCAAGUCCAAUAGCACAACGUUGUUGACAACGUCAGCGACUGGCACCGAUAUCUCGAAUACCUCCCGCCUGAACUAUAUACUAACCGACCCGUCUUUACGGCUUCUGUUCCGUGAGUUUCUCGGCGCUUCUUUCUGCGAGGAAAACCUGUCAUUCUAUCUUGAUGUCACUGAGUAUCUUGACAACUAUAAUCGUUCAAAACUUCCGGACGAGCCAAAAGACUCUCAGAAACUGCAAGAUCAUCUUGCCUCUGCAUUCGGUCUAUACAAUGCCUUUCUUGCUCCCGGCUCGCCCUGUGAGUUGAACAUAGACCAUAGCCUGCGCAACCGGGUUGCUGCAAAAAUGACCGGCCUUGGUGGUGAUGGGCCGCUGUCUACUCAGUUUCUGGAAGAGGUCGUCGGUCUCUUCCGGCUUGCUCAAUCGACUGUAUUCAAGCUCAUGGCUAGUGACUCGGUUCCCAAAUUCUUCCGCCAUCCCAGAUACGCCCUUAUUCUCCAGGAGCAUGACUUUGAAUCUAUCUCCAGUCUCCCUAGCCGUGCUAGCUCUCCUAUAGGCAUGCCAAUGCGGUCUCCAGAUCGGCCACCUGCUGCAGCUCCUACUUCUUAG